GUUUUUCAGGUUUUGGGGGCAUUUUGAUGAUUAAUGAAAGAAACGAAAGUACCCGAGAGAACUUGACUUCCGCUUUCGUUUUCAAAGGGAAAAGCUUUUCUGUUGUCUGUCUUGGGGGUUGUGUUUUUCCAGAUAAGACAAGGCUAGAUCCAGGCACUAGCUAGGUCACUUGGUACGCGUUAGAUCUACUCAUUGGUAAACUAUGGCCUAAAAGUGUUUAGCAUACUGUCAACACGUUGGCAAGAAAGCUUAAUGUUGGAAACAUCUUAACCAAGAUUGUGAAACCCCGUUUUAGUGUGUAAGAGUAAGACUAGGGCUAGGGCGUCUAGGUCUAGAGAAGGCCAACUAUCAUAAUGUUUCGUGGGUGCUCCGGCAUCGUCAUCGUAUCAUUUAUUCCUGUAAUACUAUUCAUUCUUGGAAACACUUUUGUCGAAGAUGAUGUCUUGCAACACUAUAAACUGAAGCUCACAAGCAGUCUGUGCCUGCUACCGUAUGUUAAGAGCUGUGUUUCCGUUUGCAAAACGCAUCAUGCUGAGAUGGAGAAUCAGGUCUCACAACCAAGUUUCUCAAGUGAUAACAAUGUUGAAGAGCCCCCUCUCCCCGCACAUUCGGACCAAGCGGCUUAUGAACUUUGCAUGGUUGGAUCAAAAGAGGAGAAAGCAAAGAGAAGUGAAGGUUUUCAACAGCAAGGAUUUAACUACUUUGUGAGUGAAAAGAUGAGUUUGGACAGAGCCAUCCCAGAUACCCGCAGUCCUGUUUGUAAGUCAAAAAAGUACAGAAACCAGUUACCCACUGCGAGUAUCGUCAUGUGUUUCUACAAUGAAGGCUGGUCAACUCUGUUACGAAGUAUCCACAGCAUCCUGAGACAGACCCCAAGUCAUUUGCUCAAGGAGAUAAUUCUUUUGGAUGACUCAAGCUCCUAUGGGUAUCUCAAGCGGCCAUUAGAUGACUACAUUGCUUCAAAUUUUACAAAAGUCAAACUUUUUCGGAGUCAAGAACGCCUAGGACUGAUUAGAGCCAGAAUGGCUGGAGCAAAACAUGCAACAGGAGACGUUCUAGUUUUUCUUGACAGUCACAUAGAAGCUGGAUAUUCCUGGCUUGAACCUCUUCUGGACAGAAUCGCAUCGGACAGAAGAUCAGUGAUGGUCCCAGUCGUGGACACUGUAGAGCCAGAGACGUUUGUGUAUCGAGGGGCAAAUCUAGUGAGAGGAGGCUUCACCUGGUCUUUGCUACACAACUGGGAGGCUCUGCCUUUAGAAGUUGAGAAAGUUGUGAAGGAGACAGCAGACCCAUUUAUAACUCCAACUAUGCCUGGUGGACUGUUUGCCAUGGAUCGUAAAUAUUUUUAUGAGCUUGGAGAAUAUGAUUCUGGUAUGGACAUCUGGGGAGGAGAAAAUGUAGAAAUAUCUUUCAGAAUAUGGAUGUGUGGCGGUAAGAUGGAGAUUGCCCCAUGCUCCAGAGUUGGCCAUGUGUUCCGCCACUUUCGUCCGUACAGCUCCCCCAAGGGGGUGGACACUUCUGUGCGCAAUUCCGCCCGAGUUGCUGAAGUAUGGCUGGAUGAAUAUAAGAAACAUUUCUAUGAUAUUCGACAAACAGCUAAAACUAUGGACUAUGGGGAUGUCAGUGACCGUGUGGAACUUAGGAAAAGGUUGAAGUGUAAAUCUUUCAAGUGGUUUUUGGAAAAUGUCCACCCCGAACAGCUUGUUCCAGGUGAAGAGCCUAAAGUGAGUGAUGCGGUCUACAGGAGACAGGCAGAAAAGAAAACUCGUGUUGUCACUGAAGGAUUCGUGAAAUACAUUCCCAAAAAAAUGUGUGCCAUUCCAAAGUCAGGAACUCCCGCCAAAGGAGAUGCUCUUUUUCUUGAAAAAUGUAAAAAUCUGAAAUCAAAGGCAGGGGUAUACAUUCUCUCAGAUGAUCACUCUAUCAAGUUAAGUGGAACCAGACUGUGUUUGGAAACUACAGAGAAAAAGGGCAUUCCCGUUGUACAACUCAUGAAAUGCCAUACAAGUGGAGGGUCGCAAGUCUGGCUGUUACAGGACUAUCCCCAGGAACAAGUACUCUUCAAUCCUGCCAGUGGAAUGUGCUUAGCCUCAGGUGAACGGUCAGCGCUUGCCAUGGACUACUGCCACAGUGAUAAAGCACGUGGAUUUGUUUUGACUGCUGAGAAUUGUCUGAGAACCCCUUCGGUGGAUGAUUGAGAAUUCCACUGCUAUCAUAAGAGAACAUUGUCAUCUAUUGAAAGAUGCCGGACUAUGGAUUGUAUGUUGUUCCAAAGGAUAAAAUGUCAAAUAAAUGUACUGGCGACAAUGUUAUUUCAGUAAUAAGUCUUGCCAUUUUGAAAGAUGUACAGUGCAUCUGAAUUUACCUCAGCUGUGUAGUAUGUAAAGUCAAUGCUGGGUGUUGGCUUCUUUUCACCUCAUGGAGAUUAUCUCCCAUAAUGGUCACCCAAUACCGAAUUGUGAUCUGCUAGUUUGCAUUUGCCUCAAGAUAGGAUAGAACCUUUUGAAAGCAUGAUCUCUUUAAAUAAUAUUCAGUUCUUCCUGAUUUCCUUACUUUUUGGAAGGUUCAACGCCUAAUUCAACUGAAAAUGGUGGUUGCUUGAUUAAAAGUUCUGAACUUGCAACUGCAACUCUGGUGGUGAACAAAAUCAGUUACGCAUCAGUCAGUAGCAAAUUCAUAAUGAUCAGGAACAGUUGCUGCCCAGUCAUCCUUUCUUUAUUGUGUCCUGAAAUUAGGUUUCUCUUUGCACCUAAAUGGCUUUGUUUGACUGAGUUUUCUUUCAUGACAACGGUGGCGUUGGUGGCCUAGUAGUUAGGCUGCAAGACCUGUCAUCAUGGUGGUUUUUUGUUUCGAAACUCAGCUCAGUCUGAUGUUGUGUCCUUGGGGAAGGCACUUUAUAUGGAUUUCUUAUUUUGUGAGGUCCUUUCAGAGAUUGACGUUUAAUUCGGAGAUCCGGCCUCUUAAAUAAGUAAUAGUGUUGAUAGAGGCAUUCAAUCUAUACCAUUUCACAUCUCACAUUUCCUGACCAAAUAAAAUGCAGUGAAUGCUGAAUUGGAACCCUUGAACAGUUGAAUGAAGUUUUUGUUUCAGUCUGCUGCUUUCUAUGCUUCGCUAAAGAUUUUGCGUUUUUGCUGCCAUUCAGUCAAAUUUAUAUUGCCCUAUUUAUGUUGUACAGCCGCUAAAAUAACAUUCACUCUAUGUUAAUACAUAUUAAUUUGAUAGUGGUGCAAUGACCACUGGAAGUAAUCGCAGUUGUAGCAAAAUCGGUAGUUCCAAAAAAGUAGCCAAAACGGGUUUGGUAUUCAUUAACUUUAGUAUCUGAAGAGUCAUCAAUUUCCGGUUCAAAAACAAAGACAAAGAUGUUGAUUAUGAUUAACUUACUUUCGGCUAUAAAUCUGUACUAAUCUGCUUAAAAAUCCACGCCCAAAAGCAAGUACGGAAAACUAAUUUGGUCAAAAUUAAAGUUUUACUUUUGUGACAACUUUAAAUGUAUUUUUUAAAAAUUUCCUCCACGAUUUCAAAAGUAGAUUUUUGAUAUGUUAAUACACCUAUUAAUUAUCUGUAGAACCACGCAAUUUUUAUAUUUGUUGCUAUUUUUUAAAGAGUACCAUUAUCUUUCUCCCAGUGUAAGGACUGUUGUUAACCAAAAUGCAUAUUUAUCAAAAUGUAUUAUGUUGCAUCCAUCCUUCACAGCCCACCUUUCUUAUUUACCUUUUGCAGGAAUUUUUUUGCUUAUGUGUAUUAUUAAUACUUUAUUCAUUGAAUCAGUGUUUAGCGAUGUGGUCAUUUUUGUUCUUUUGUACUUUGACAGACAUUUAUAGACUAUUGACAUGUUUGUAAUCUAGAUAAGGAGCCAAUCAUUAAACUCUAAAAAUGUAUGCGCAAUUUAUGUUACAAUUAUAAUAGUGUUUUUAUUUUUAGGGAAGUGUGUUCAACAGCUAUAUAUAGUAGCAAUGUGAAAAGCUUUUUUUGUUUGACCUAUUUAGCAAAACUGUCAGUUCAAUAUACGCUUUUUUUUGUUAGAAAACCAUUUUUUUCUAAUAACUUUGAUUAUGAAGCUUUUUGAAUGAUUUUAUAUAUAUUUUUAUUAUUUCUUGCCAGCCAAGUCACCUGGGUUUUUUUUCUAAAAUUGUGUGCUAACUGCUUUUUUACAUCCUGUGAUACCACCGCGCCGUGACACAUAUUUACUUUUUUCAGACUGGAGAGCAUUUUUUCUCCCUCUAUUGGCUCUUUGACAUAGAAAAACUUAAACAAAAUCUAAACAAUCAUUCAGUCAGUCAGAUGCAUCAGCUGGACAGCUGGUGAUUAAGUUAGUAUGCUUUGCUAAUAUCCUUUGCUGAAGAUUACACUUAAUACUUUACAAAGAUAUAAUACUGAAUUGUAGAUUUAUUAUCUAAUAUGAUUUUUUAUUAAAUCCCUGUAUUUUUUAAUGACUGCAACAGGCUUUAUUUUGACCACCUGUCAUUCUGAAAUUUUACUGUAAAA